AUGUGCCCGCCCCGCACCCUCGGAGUGCUGCUGCUGCUGCUGCUGGCUGGGUCCCCUGGCUGGACCUGGACCCCGCAGCUCUGCGAGGCCCCUCGCGAGGCGGUGUGUGACUUCCUGUGUGACUGCCAGGGCUGUGCCGAUGAGGCCCAGUGUGGUCACCACGGAGCCGCCUCAGGCACCCCGUUCUCCUGUGACUUCGAGCAGGAUGCCUGCGGCUGGCGGGACAUCAGCACCUCGGGCUACAGCUGGCUGAGGGACCGGGCCGGAGCCACGCUGGGUGGCCCAGGGCCAAGUGCAGACCACACUCGGGGCACUGACCUAGGCUGGUACAUGGCUGUGGGCACACACCGCGGGAAGGAAGUGGCCACCGCGGCCCUGCGCUCUCCGGUUCUGCACGAGGCUGCCCCGGCCUGUGAGCUGAGGCUGUGGUACCACGUGGGCUCUGGAGAUGUGGCCGAGCUGCGGCUGGAGCUGACCCAUGGCGCCGAGACCCUGACUCUGUGGCGCCGGGCGGACCCAGGGGGCCCCGGCUGGCAGGAGCUGGUGGUCGCCACUGGCCGAGUCCGGGGCAGCUUUCGGGUGACCCUGUCUGCCACCCGCAACGCCACCCACAGGGGCGCCGUGGCCGUGGACGACGUGGCCUUCCGGGCCUGUGGGCUGCCGGCCCCCCAGGCACACUGCCCCCUGGGCCACCACCGCUGCCAGAACUCAGCCUGUGUGGAGCCGCAGCAGCUGUGCGACGGGGAGGACGACUGCGGGGACAGCUCGGACGAGGCCCCGGCUGCUUGCAGCAGCCACACCACCACCGACUUCGAGACCGGCCUGGGCCUGUGGAACCAGACUGAGGGCUGGUCCCGGAACAGCAGUGCCGGGGGGCCCCAGCACCCCAGCUGGCCGCGCCGUGACCACAGCCAGAACAGCGCCCGGGGCGCCUUCCUGGUCUCCCAGGCCCAGCCCGGCUCCCCGGCUCUGCUCUCCAGCCCCCUGUUUCAGGCUUCGCAGCUGCACAAUUGCUCACUCACCUUCUACCUCUACCUGCACGGCUCCGAGGAUGGCUGCCUGCAGCUCUUCCUGCAGCCCGGCAGCCCCAGCGCCCCAGGGACCCCCACCCUGCUGCGCAGGCGCCGCGGGGAACUGGGGGCCACCUGGGUGCGAGACCGGGUGGAUGUCCAAAGCCCGCACCCCUUCCGAAUCCUCCUGGCUGGGCAGACGGGCCCAGGGGGUGUCGUGGGCCUAGAUGACCUCAUCCUGUCAGAGCACUGCAAGCCUGUCCCAGGCACUAUGGACUCCGAGGUGCCCUCGGCUGGGGGCUGGGAGGAUGCCAGCGUGGGACGGCUGCAGUGGGUGUGGCAGCAGGCCCCGAAGCACAGGACCCCAGCGACAGGGCCGGUCUUGUCCAUCCAGAAGGCCUGGGGUCAGCUGUCGGCCGAGGCCCGCGCCCUCACGCCUGCCCUGGGCCCCUCGGGUCCCGACUGUGAGGUGCACCUGACUUACCACUUCCAGAGUCACCCCCAAGGCUUCCUGGCGCUGGCCGUGAUGGAGGGCAGCAGCCAGGAGUUGGUGUGGCAGGCCCCAGGCAGCAGCCCGGCCUGGGAGGUGGCCGUCAUCCCGCUGGGGGCCCGUGGUCAGCGCUUCCGGCUGGAGCUGACGGGCCUGCUGAGCCUGGAGGGGCCCAGCCAGCAGGGCGCGGGGGUGGCCCAGGUGGCCCUGAGGAACUGCAGCCCGACAGCCGUCAGUGCCAAGGACGCAGAGGUCUCCUGCAACUUUGAGCGGGACGCGUGCGGCUGGCACCCCGGCCACCUCUCUGACGCCCACUGGCGGCGGCUCCGGAGCCAGGGCCCCGAGUACGACCAUACCACGGGCCGAGGCCACCUGAUGCUCCUGGACCCCACCAGCCCCCCGGCCCGCGGCCCAGGGGCGCUCCUGCUCACGCAGCCCCAGCCCCCGGCCGCUUCUCCCCAGUGCCUGUCCUUCUGGUACCGCCUCUCGGGGCCCCAGAUCGGGACACUGCGCCUGGCCCUGAGACGGGAAGGCGAGGCCGAGACCACGCUGUGGUCCUGCACGGGCACCCAGGGCAACCGCUGGCACCAGGCCUGGGCCACACUCCCCCACCAGCCGGCCUCUGACGCCAAGUACCAGCUCCUGUUCGAGGGUCUCCGGAAUGGCUUCCACGGCACCAUGGCGCUGGACGACGUGGCCGUGCGGCCGGGCCGCUGCUGGGCGCCCAGGCGCUGCUCCUUCGAGGACUCUCCGUGCGGCUUCACAGGGGACCGGGACCUCUGGAGGCGCCAGAGCAAUGCCACGGGCCACGCCGCCAGGGGCCCCCCCGUGGACCACACCACCCAGACCGCCCAGGGGCACUACAUGGUGGUGGACACGAGCCCACAGACCCUGCCCAGUGGCCACGUGGCCUCGCUGACCUCAGAGGAUCACAGCCCGCUGGUGCAGCCCACAUGCCUGACCUUCUGGUACCACCUGAGCCCCCGGAACCCAGGCACGCUGCGGGUCAGCGUGGAGGGGGCCCAGCAGGGGCCGCUGCUGAGCAUCAGUGCCCACGGGGGCUUCGCCUGGCGGCUGGGCAGCGUGGACGUGCAGGCCGAGCGAGCCUGGAGGGUGGUGUUCCAGGCGGUGGCUGCGGGCGUGGAGCACUCCUACAUGGCCCUGGAUGACCUGCGUCUCCUGGACGGACCCUGCCCACGGCCAGCUUCCUGCGACUUCGAGGCAGGCCUGUGUGGCUGGAGCCACGUGCCAUGGCCCGACACGGGCCGGUACAGCUGGGACUGGAGCAGUGGGGCCACACCCUCCCGCGAGCUGCAGCCCCCCGUGGACCAUACACUGGGCACAGAGGCAGGGCACUUCGCGCUCUUCCAAACCGGCGUGCUGGGCCCCGGGGGCCUGGCCGCCCGCCUCCACAGCCAGCCCCUGCCCGCGACCCCGGCCUCCUGCCUGCGCUUCUGGUACCACAUGGCCUUCCCUGAGCAUUUCUACAAGGGCCAGCUGAAGGUGCUGCUGCUCAGUGCCCGGGGCCAGCUCAUCGUGUGGGGUGUGGAUGGGCGCCACCGGCACCAGUGGCUGGAAGGCCAGGUGGACGUGGCCAGCACCGAAGAGUUCCAGAUCGUGUUUGAAGCCACUGUGGGCAGCCAGCCAGCCCUGGGACCCAUCGCCCUGGACGACAUUGAGUACCUGCCCGGGCAGCAGUGCCAGCUGCCCAGCCCCGACCAGGGGCACAGGGCUGCAGCCGUGUGGGUCCCAGCUGCGGUUGGCGGUGCCCUCAUCCUGCUCCUGGCGCUGCUGGCAUUUGGGAGCUGGCACUGGCUGGCACGGAGAGGUCAGGGCGAGGCGGCUGCAGCCCCAGGCUUCGACAACGUUCUCUUCAAUGCGGACCAUGUCUCCCUCCCAGUGGCACUCGGCAGCAGCCCGGCCCCCAAGACCUAGGAUGACACAUCACACCCCUGCCCCACCCCGACAAUAAAUGCUCUGCCCGGC